UGGAAUUAUCACAUACUUUCAUUCGAACCUUUUCCUUAUAGUCCAAGAAAAUAUAUGUACAUUUAUACAACAAUGGUGAUCAAGUCCGAGCAAUUGGUGUGUGGUAUUCUUCUGUUCCUCUCUUUGAUGGGAUCAAGUAUGGCAGCUCGGGCAGUACCCCAUGACGAUGUGUUAGAAUGGGUACAGAAAGAUAGUCGUCGUUUCCUGCGUGCUAAUAUCAGAGUUAGUGAUCUUGAUCGCACCAUUAAGUUUUACACAGAACUUUUUGGAUUGAAAGUAUUGAGUAGAAAAGAUUUCCCAGAAGAAAAAUACUCAAAUGCAAUCGUUGGGUUUGGACCUGAAGAAUCUCACUUUGUGAUAGGGCUCACAUGGCAUCACAACGCAACGGACAAGCUAGACAUCGGAACAGCCUUUAGUCACUUUGGAAUUGCAACUCAAGAUAUUUAUAACACGGUUGAAAAAGUUCGAGCCAGUGGCGGUGUGAUCACUCAUGAACCCGGGUCCCUCGUAGAAGGGGGUACCGUUUACGCCUUCAUGAACGAUCCUGACGGCUACAGUUUCGAGCUCCUCCAGAGGCCGCCAACUCCAGAACCACUUUCUCAUAUAUGUCUUAAUGUUAUUGAUAUAAAUCGGUCUAUUGAGUUCUACAACAAGUCCUUGGGCAUGAACCUACUACUAAAGUUUGACGUCCCUCAAGAGCAGUAUACCGUAGGUAUGGUGGGGUAUGGAUCCAAUCUCACUCAAACAGUUGUGAUCGAGUUGAAAUACAAUUAUAAUGUGACGGCAUAUAGGAGAGGAAAUGGUUACGCACAGGUUGCUAUUGGCACUGAUGACGUGUACAAGAGCGCAGCAGCUGCAAAACUGGUUAUCCAGGAAGUUGGAGGGAAAAUAAUAAGACCACCAGGUCCAAUCCCAAAAAUUCACACCAAGAUCACAGCAUUCCUUGAUACAGAUGGCUUUGAAACGGUGUUGGUAGACAAUGAAGACUACCUGAAAAGAAUCGAAGAAAGAGCGGUAAAGCAAAAUCCAUAGCAUUUGGUACUGCUCAUGUAUUUCUAGUUGAAUAAAGAAGCCCUGAUUCGAAUAUGUUUUCGUUCUACUUAUGUCCCUUUCUCCAAUUGUUUCUCUGCAUCCUUGUUAGGUUUUCUUUUAUUCGUUCUUUUCUGUUUCUAGGUUAACGAUUCAUUUUGCCUUACUGUAACUAAGCAAACUUUAUUUGUCCAAAUAAAAAAUAAUAAAAAUGAGCAAGCCUGUAUUCUGUUUGUACCUUGUAAGUUUUCCCUCCU